CCUACAUUACGCGCUCCACGGGGUUCAGGUGUCUAAAAUAGUUCAGACGAUCGCGGUGUUAGUCCAUGUCUGUACCUAUAUCUUCUGGAUGGCAUGCAUGGUUGGUCUGAGAUUCUUCCUCAACGGAUUUCUCGGCGUACCUUAGCGACAUAUUACAUGCCAGCCAUCACGUCUCUUUGCAUGUGUUGUUUGUAAUCGUAUUUAAUACCCCUCCCCGACUGGACGACACCUCCCACACACACAUUCACUGUCCUAUCCCGCCUGCCUCUUUUCCCCUUACAAAUACGCCUUCUCUUGGAACAUUCCUUGAUGGAUUCGUUCCGCCAAGGGGUCUCGAACAACUAACCGACUGACUGACUGACUGACUGGCCACUUGGACAACAACGUAGACGACGUGCCCCCCGAUGGAGAGCAUCUACGCCAACUACCCCGAGUAUAAGUCCACAGCCCGGCUCGACGACCUCCGCGCGACGGACUACGGCUACCUCGACAAGCAGGACCAUCUGUACCUCGACUUCACGGGCGCGGGCCUCGCGGCGCAGUCGCAGCUCCGGGAGCACGAGAGCCGGCUCGAGCGGACGCUCCUCGGCAACCCGCACUCGGAGAACCCGACGAGCCGGUCGGCCACCCACCUGGUCGAGGACGCCCGUGCCCGCAUCCUCGCCCACCUCGGCGCCUCGCCGGACGAGUACACGGCCGUCUUCACCCCGAAUGCCACCGGCGCCGCCCGCCUCGUCGCCGAGGCCUAUCCCUGGACGCGCCGCUCGAGGCUCGUCCUCACGGCCGACAACCACAACUCGGUCAACGGCCUGCGCGAGUUCGCCCGUCGGGGUAAUGCUCGAACCGUCUACGUGCCCGUCCGCGCGCCGGAGCUGAGGGUCGACCCGGCUGACCUGGUGACGGCGCUGAAGCCCCGUCGCAGGAUAACGGGCAGUCGUUUGUUCAGUAGCGGCGGCAAGGGACACAAGAGCAGCAGCAGCAACAGCAACAGCAACGGCAACAGCAGUAGCAACAGCAGCAAUAGCAAUAACAGGAAGAACGGUUUGUUCGCGUACCCGGCCCAGAGCAACUUCAGCGGCGUCCGGCACCCGCUCUCGUGGGUGAGCCUCGCGCAGCAGCAGGGCUACGACGUGCUCCUCGACGCGGCCGCCUACCUGCCGACGUCGCGGCUCGACCUGUCGCCGUCAUCCGGGGCGCGGCCCGAGUUCGUCAUCGUCAGCUGGUACAAGCUGUUCGGGUACCCGACGGGGGUCGGGUGCCUCGUCGUGCGGCGCGACGCCCUCGCGCGGCUGGCGGGCUCGCGGCCGUGGUUCUCGGGCGGCACCAUCGCGGCGGCGUCGGUCGGCGCGCCCUGGCACGUCAUGGCGCCGGACGAGGCCGCCUUCGAGGACGGCACCGUCAACUUUUUGUCGAUCCCGGACGUGCGCUUCGGGCUCGACUGGCUCGACGGCAUCGGCAUGGACCUGAUCGGCACGCGGGUCCGGUGCCUGACGGGCUGGUGCCUCGACCGGCUCCGGGGGCUCCGGCACGGCGACGGGUCGCCCGUGGUGCGCAUCUACGGCCCGACAGACAUGACGGCGCGCGGCGGGACCAUCUGCUUCAACUUCCUCGACGUGGGCGGCCGCGUCGUGGACGAGCGGCUCGUGGCGGCCGAGUCGUCGGCGCGCAACAUCUCGCUGCGGACCGGGUGCUUUUGCAACCCAGGCGCCGGCGAGGCGGCCUUUGGGCUGAGCAAACGCGUGUUGGAGCCGCUGAGCCGGGCGCAGAUGCAGAUGAAGAUGCAGGUGCAGGUCAUGAACAGCGGCGGCGGCGGCGGUGGCGGCGGCGGCUCGGCGGACGACUACAUACGGCUGCUGGCGCCCGUCGGGGCCGUCCGGAUCUCGUUCGGCUUCGUGACGACGACGGGGGACGUCGACCGGUUCAUAGCGUUUGCGGAGGAGACGUACCGGGACAGGCUGGCGCCGGUGAAUGGGCUGCCGACACACGAUCGGUGUUGAGAGUAUAUUCGGACUGAGUCGGCAUUAUAACGAGGCGCAAGACUCGAGAUUCGAGACUGCAGACUCGAGACUCGAUACCCCAGGCUCAGACUCGCACUCACACUCAUGACUCACACUUUAGAGACUUGGUCGAUCGCCAUGGACAAACGGCUCCUCCCGCGGCCCUCGAGUACAUAUAGCUCCAAGUCUAGAGCCCAGAGGUGCGGCCCGGACAAAGACGACGACAACCAAAAAGCUGGGGGGGGGGGCGCGAUGGUUCAACCCAGAACGGACGCUUCGCACGUGCGGGGACAAACCCGCGAGAGCCGGCAAAGAAAUACCGACAUGUUCCCCCCCUCUUGAGUCGAGAGAGAGAGAGAGAAAACAUGAUGGGACGGGAAACGAAACCCACAAAGUCCACAACUUUGGUGGAAAAGCUCGAGUCCAACACCAACCUCCGAGAUGCAUCCACCCUCGGACUAGAUUCUCUUUGGGCAUGGCGAGGUGGGAUCGCGACCCAGUUUGCUCUCUCUCUCUCUCGUCACGCAAACCCUUCGUUUCGUCGUCUUGGCGAUCGAAGCGCCUUUCCCGACGUGAACCCGUCUCUUAUCAUCAUCCCACAUACCCCCUCCUCCAGAAAGGCGUGGCUUACCGCGCUUAUUAACGGACAGCACUCGGUUGGCUUCUUUGCCAUAUGGGGAUGUUGAUUCUUCAGCGGGGUUCCACGACCAACAGGAUCGGCAGUUUCCCUCUCUUGCAGCAGCAGCGGCCCCCAUUUCUGCUGUGUGGACCAACUAGGCCGUCCGUGGACGAGAAUGCAACGGUGAUGGCGCCGUCGGGGGCGUCUCAUUGGCCGCCGCUCUCGGCGCCAACGUGUUCUUAUGCCGGGCCCUGAGUAAUUGCUUUGCUUCGUUCACAUGCGCUAUAUGGAUACAGCAGCAGCAGCAGCGGCAGCAACAACAUCAUCAUCACCCGAAAGGGUCGGGUCGGGAGCUCAGGUUGUUGCUGAAUCAAAUCCGUUUGUUGGUGUGUCUUUUGACUCCCAAGAGCAUGGGAUGGGACGGAAUGGAAUGUGAUGGGAUGGGAUGUGAUGGGACAAGAUGGAAUUCAAGACAGUUACACUCCAAGCGAGCCGAGUCGUAGGGGGAACCCAGGGCUCAAUCACUGUAGCAGCAGUUCGCAAAGGCCCCCAUCUGCACUCUGCCGGGAUGUUUGUCUGAUGUUUGAUGCUGUUUGGUGGG